AAUUAGACGUGACACGUAAAAAAAUAUAAAAUUACAUUGUCAUAUACAAAUCGAAAAAAAAUGUAUCCAACGACAGAAAACCGAAUGUUUAUUCUGGCCAUUAAUAUCAUCAUCAUCAUCGUUGCUGCCGAUGUGGUUCAAUGCGGUAUUCCAUGGAAAGCUGAAAAACAUAAAGGUACUGAAAAAAAACAUGAACGUCUAUUGAAUCAAACUCAUGAAUAUGGUCCAAAAAUUCGUGCCAUAUUCCUCGGUGAUUCCAUCACUGAAGGAUGGCUUUAUAAUGGCCAUAAAGUUUGGGAACAAUUCUACAAGACAUGUAAUGCAUUCAAUUAUGGUAUUGGUGGUGAUCGUACUGAACAUGUUUUAUGGCGUAUCGAGAAUGGUGAAUUUGACAAUAUUCAACCAUCAGUUAUUGUAUUGAUGAUUGGUACGAAUAAUAUUCAUUGUAAUACAGCCACAGAUAUUGCUAAAGGUAUCAAAGUAAUUCUGAAUGAAUUACAAACAAAAAUGAAUCGAUCAAAAAUAUUACUGUUGAGUGUUUUUCCACGUGGUGGUGAUAUUAUGGACAAAAAUGUAGCCGCUAUUAAUCGAAUUAUCCAAAAUUAUCAUGAUAAUUCACACGUUUUUUAUCUAGAUGUAACCAAUAGUUUUGAACAUAGCCGUGGUAAAGUUGUGGAUGAACUUUACAUAGAAGAUCAUCUUCAUCUAACAGAAAAAGGUUAUGAAAUGUGGAAUAAAGUUAUGGAAAAUGAAUUUUUCCAAUUAUUGAAUCAAUAACUAAAUAAUUUCAUUAAUUAAACAAUCGAAAUUUCAAA